CUGACCAGUUUGUGCAUGAGGAGGCAAGUUUAAACUUGUUAUCAAAUCUUGCCAACUUGAUAUAAUAUUUAUUUUGUACUGUUAUUAAAUACAUAUGUUUUGUAUCAUCAAUAUAUACUUUAUAGUAUAUAGUCAUAUUUUUAUUGUAUUAGUACUGUCAUUACAUCUUACUUCCCAUCUUUGUUAUACCUGUUGUGUUAUUCAGCAAAAUAAUACCCACGUCAUAGCAUGUCCAUACCCGGUUAGAUAAUGUUGUAGCCAAAUAUCUGAGAUACUCCUUACAGAACUUGAUUUAAAUCACUUGAACUCUUUACCUUAUGCCCAAGAAAAAGGGAAAAAUCAUUACACAUUUACUCAGAGACAAAAUCUCAUCUUGCAGACCUCCUAGGUGAUUUCCUUUCUGCCUCUUCACUCCAUCUUUAUGCAAAAUCAGAAGCAUUAACUGCUCUUGUUGUUGAUGAUUAUUUUUUGAUUUUGAGUUAGUAAUGAAGUUGCUUUAUUAAGCUGCACUACACAUUCUUUUCUUUCAAAUUAAAUAAUAUUUACUGCUACUAAGGGCUCAAGUCCCAAAUCUAUGCUACCUGAUGUUUUGUGGUUUCAGCUUUCUCAUGGGCCUGAUAGAUGGGUGAAUGACUUCACUGCGGAACGUGAGCAACAUGGAUCAGCUGACGACCAGUGGGUCAGUGAAUUUUCCAAGUUGCAUGUUCAUGACUGGGUGGAUGAAUUUGGCCGCCAAGUUGGUGAGGGGGCACUUGGGGAGGAUUCUGUUGAUAAUUGGGCAAGCGCGUAUGACGAAUACUUAAAUGAGCAAGCAGUUGUUAGGCAGCAGUCAGAAACUUCAAGGGGGGAGUAUGUAUUUUCUGAUCUAAAUCCUUAUGUUGGUCACCCCAAUCCUUUAAGAGAAGGCCAGGAAUUAUUCCGCAAAGGGCUUUUAAGUGAAGCAGCGCUUGCUUUAGAGGCUGAAGUUUUGAAAAACCCUGACAAUGCUGAAGGUUGGAGGUUGCUUGGCAUAGCCCAUGCUGAGAAUGAUGAUGAUCAACAGGCUAUUGCGGCCAUGAUGCGGGCCCACAAAGUUGAUUCGACAAAUCUGGAAGUGCUUCUUGCUCUUGGAGUGAGUCAUACAAAUGAAUUGGAACAAGCUGCUGCAUUGAAGUAUCUAUAUGGUUGGCUACACCAUCAUCCAAAGUAUGGGGCAAUUACCCCUUCUGCAGUGUCCGAUUCUCUGUAUUACGCUGAUGUUGCCAGAUCAUUCAACGAUGCUGCUAAAAUGUCACCUGAGGAUGCUGAUGUACACAUAGUACUUGGCGUCUUGUGCAACUUAUCCAGGGAAUAUGACAAGGCCAUUGAAUCCUUUAAGACAGCUUUGAAGCUCAAGCCACGAGAUUACUCUCUCUGGAACAAGCUUGGUGCAACACAAGCAAAUAGUGUUCAGAGUGCUGAUGCCAUUUUGGCCUAUCAACAGGCUCUAGAUUUGAAGCCUAAUUACGUUCGUGCAUGGGCAAACAUGGGAAUCAGUUAUGCAAACCAGGGUCUAUAUGAGGAGUCCAUUCGUUACUAUGUCCGGGCACUCGCGAUGAAUCCCAAGGCAGAUAAUGCUUGGCAAUAUUUGAGAAUUUCUUUAAGCUGUGCUAAUCGAAAUGACAUGCUGGAAGCUUGUGACUCCCGGAAUCUUGAUGUUCUCCAGAAAGAGUUCCCACUGUAAUAUUCUGUGUCAGAACCUUAUGAAUGUCGAUUCGGCUGCUGGAAUGAAGUCUGAAUUGGGGAAAUUCCUCAUCCUCUAUGGGCUUAAUAAGGGAGAUGCACUGAAGUUUUGGUCUUGAGCCGGAUUAUGGCAUUCGGGUUCUAUUUUUUGUUGCAUGUGGAUUCUUCAAUGCUGAGCAUCCUGAUCCCUUCCAGCAUCUGCUGGAGGGCUGGAAAAUCUGAGGCUAAUGUUAUUCUCUAAUAUUUGAUUAAAUGUAUCAGUGAGCUUGAUUGCAUUGUCACAAAAAUGGUGUAGUUUUCUGAAUCGUACAUUUGAAGGAAUAAAAAUGGGAAGAGCAAAAGGUAAUAAAUAAAGAAUAGAACAUUCUUCUUUUGUUUUAGUUUAAGUCAUCCGGAUGGAGAGAGAUUUUCAUACCUUUAUAUAGCUGUUGGUUUCUGGUAGCAGGAUAUAUGAAAU